AUGAUCAAGCGCCGUUUGCUCAUGAGCCGGUUGGGUUUGGAACAUUACGCGAUGUUCGUGACAUCUGAACGGAAUGAUCAUUUCCCUCUGACCCCUGUCAUUUAUGACCCCUACCCAGAUUACAACGAUGUGCAGUGGCGCAAUGAGUUUGCAGGGAGAUUUCACGCAUGUGAGGGCCCACGAGGAAAGACUCUGAGCCGCACGAGUGCCCAAGAUAUGGUGUCCGUUUAUCCAGGUCACCAGAAAGAUUUCCCCCUUCCCUUGCUCGGGUCGUAUCAGGCAAUAGGCGUCGACGGAAAUGUCUGCGCCAAUCGGUUUUCUCGAUUGGGCGUGUACGGGUACGAGAGUAAUACCACCCACGCUGCCUCUGCCUCUAGAGGUAAUUGGAACGAGACCAACUGGGGGGAACUCCAGUCACAGUGCUUUGAAAGGAACGUCGGAAGAUAUUCGCCAAGCGAGACCAAUUCUGCCCCAAUCAGACUCACCCUACCAGUCCACUCUCGUUCUGCUGCACGCAACCUCCCUCGCGAACAACGAACCUCUUCGCCACAUAGCUUGCAGUACAAACCACGAUCAGCCAUUAUCCUACGUGCGUGGCAUGACAUUGAAUGGACCAAGAAUCUCAAACAGAAUGUCCGGUGUCUUGUCAUGGAGCUUUCGUUACACUCCGGUGGCGAGUAUGAGGUCUUCCUCUUGGUUCAUGUGAAAAACGAGAGCAUCCCUAUCUAUACAGAUGAUGCCGAGGUUAUGAAGCAGAUCAAGGCUCAGUUUAUCCCAUCUGAGUUCCGGGACAUGGCCGUUCUCUUCAAUGAGAAGACGUUGGAGUCAUGGUAUCCUAAAGUCGAGGAACAUAGCAUGAAUUUUCAGUACUGGCAACCGGUUCAAAUAUUUUCUCAAAUGUUUCAGGACUUUGAGUAUUAUUGGCAAUUGGAAAUGGAUUCCAGGUUCACCGGUCACUCCUACCAUUUUCUUGAAAAGUCCGCGGAGUUUGCAAAACGACAGCCACGGAAAUAUCUUUGGGAGCGCAAUGCCUACUUCUAUAUUCCAGGGACACAUGGAAUCUGGCAGAACUUCGUCAACAUGGUUGGCUCCUCUAUGCAGGGCCGAAAAAGUGUUUGGGGGCCGAUGGGCAUCCCUCAGAUAACCCCAAUUGGCCCCAAGCCUCCGGUUGCCUUCCCAGAAGACGAUGAGUAUGAAUGGGGCGUUGGCGAAGAGGCAGAUCUCAUCACUUUUAUACCGAUCUUCGAUCCUACUGACACGCAGUGGCUGUUCAAGAAUAUGCUAUGGGGACUUCCAGAAGAUGUUCCAAGGCGAACAUCCCCUGUGGCCAUGGGGCGCGUGUCGAGAAAAUUAUUGCGCCAGAUGCAUAUCAUACAGAUCCAACGAGGAAUGGGUUUAGUUUCUGAAAUGACGCCUCCCUCGCUUGCUCUCUGGCAUGGGCUGAAAGCCGUCCACGUACCCCAACCUCUUUAUCUUGACGGUAAAUGGACCUCGAAGGAGAUCGGACGAAUCAUGAACCCGGGUGAACCUGAUAAGGUCAAUGGUGGACCUGACAGCUUGUGGAACUGGGAUCACCUAUGGGAUCACAUACUCUAUCGGUUGACGUACAUGUUUACAACACAAACUGCGGAGGAUUUCUAUCGGAGAUGGCUUGGCUACCCAAUCGACCCUAAUCAAUAUACUGAUGGCACCUAUCACCAAGAUGGCACAGGUCGAAAUUGGUUUGAAACCGGCGACUUGCGGGAGGACUUGUAUGGGCCACUCUGCUUUCCAUCUAUGUUACUUCAUACUGUCAAAAACACAGAGGAGAGGAAGGGAACUGCCAUGGUAGUCCCUGUUUAG